GUCAGUGAGGGACCUCUGGUGUAAAAGAUGUUGUUCAAGAGCUGCCUGACGGUGGUGCUGCUGGUGGUGGUGCUGGCUGGAAGGGGUGACGGCACCUUCUUCAUGAACAGGGGAAAAUAUCGACCUCCUCCCAAGUGUGUUCCUAUUAUAGAGUACCGCACCAUGUAUCGAACUGAGGUUAUUGAGCAACCCGUCUACAAGACAGUGUACCGGACGCAGGUGGUCCCUACUACCUUGUACGAGACGGUAUACAAGACGGUGAACCAGGUGCAGUACUCGACCCAGUUUGUGCCCCGGUACGUGACCACCACGGACUACAGGACCCGGUACAGCACCCAGAUCAUCUACUCCACCAGUUACACAGUGCAGUACGAGCCGGUCUACAUCACCACCACUGACUAUGUCCCCUCCUACGUCACCACCACCGAGCUGUCCUACCAGUAUGAGACACAGACCAAGUUCCAGACCGAGUACUCGACGGUGGUACAGCCCCAGUACGUCACCACCACGACCUACCAGACCGAAUACCAGACCCAGUACGAGACCAGGUUCCAACCCCAGUACGUGACGGUGACUACCACCCGGGAGAGUUACCAGACCCAGUGUGGCCAGGGAGGACCUCAACAGGGGUAUGGAGUGCCGCAGAUCUCUCCUGCCCCGGUACAGCAGUCAUACGGCGCCCCUCCGGUACCUCAGGAUUCCUACGGCGCCCCUCCAACACCCCAGGAUUCCUACGGCGCCCCUCCAACACCCCGGAAUUCUUACAGAGCUCCCCCAGCUCUUCAGGAAUCCUACGGCGCCCCUUCAGCACCCCAGGAAUCCUACAGAGCUCCCUCAGCUCCUCGACAAUCCUAUAGCGCCCCUCCAGCCCCCCAACAGUCCUAUGGAGCUCCCACAGCUCCUAAGCAGUCCUACAACGCACCUGCAGCACCCCAGGAAUCUUACGGAGCCCCUCAAGCACCUCAGGAAUCCUACGGGGCCCCUCAAGCACCUCAGGAGUCCUACGGGGCCCCUCAAGCACCUCAAGAGUCCUACGGGGCCCCUCAAGCACCUCAGGAGUCCUACGGGGCCCCUCAAGCACCUCAGGAGUCCUACGGGGCCCCUCAAGCACCUCAAGAGUCCUACGGGGCCCCUCAAGCACCUCAGGAGCCCUACGGGGCCCCCCAAGCAAUCCAGGAGUCCUACGGGGCCCCUCAAGCUCCCCAGGAAUCAUACAGGGCCCCUCAAGCACCACAGGAGUCCUACGGGGCCCCUCAAGCACCCCAGGAGUCCUACGGGGCCCCUCAAACACCUCAAGAGUCCUACGGGGCCCCUCAAGCACCUCAAGAGUCCUACAGAGCUCCUGAACCACCAGCGCCCCUCUAUAAUGUUCCCCCACCACCAGCUUCACAGGAGUCUUAUGGAGCGCCCCCACGAGAGUCCUUCGCAUCCCCCCCUGUAGCUUCACAAGAAUCCUACAGGGCACCACAAGACUCCUACGAAGCACCACAACAAUCCUACGAAGCACCACAACAAUCCUACGAAGCACCACAACAAUCCUACGAAGCACCACAACAAUCCUACGAAGCACCACAGCAAUCCCAUGAAGCACCACAGCACCACAGCAGCACCACACAGCAAUCCUACGAAGCACCACAGCAAUCCUACGAAGCACCACAACAAUCCUACGAAGCACCACAACAAUCCUACGAAGCACCGCAACAAUCCUACGAAGCACCACAGCAAUCCUACGAAGCACCACAGCAAUCCUACGAAGCACCGCAACAAUCCUACGAAGCACCACAACAAUCCUACGAAACACCAAGGGAUUCCUACCUCCCACCUCCCCCUCCUACUGCCUCAGAAGGACCUCACGGGGCCUCGAAUGACUUUGGCCUUGGUCCUAACAGCUUCGGGACGUUCGUAAGUGGUAACGCUGGGGGCUCCUUCGCCGUGUACAGAGCCCAGAGGAAGAGGGAACUAACGGAAGGUGAGAUAACUCUGGUGAAGAAGAUACUGGCCGAUAACACUGCCAGUAACGAGGCGAAGGAAGAUGUAACGAAGGAGAAAUAAAAUAAAGGAGGAAGUGUGUAACGAAGGAGAAAUAAAAUAAAGGAGGUGACAAAGUAAAUAGUGAUAAACGAAAAAAAGAAGACAAGAGACAAAGCAAAAAAGGAGAUGAACGA